GGUAGCCCGGUCUGUAGUUUCUCAUGGAAGAGCAGCGUAACCGAACCGCGAAUCACAAGUUAGUUAUUUUGACUGAGCAUGUCACAUCGAUUUAAGUGGAGCCAGCGAACAUACAAAGGGCAGUAAAGGCGGACAGACGACCUUAGACUCUAAAACAAGGAUAUCUGACAAACUUUUUACGUGAAAAAGCGCGAUGAGUUUGAACGAGCAUUCACUUCAAGCGCUGUCAUGGAGAAAACUUUACUUGAGUCGAGCUAAACUCAAAGCGACAAGCCGGACCUCGGCUCUGCUCUCCGGAUUCGCUAUGGUGGCGAUGGUGGAGGCCCAGUUAGAGGAAGAUCAUGAAUAUCCCCCUGGCUUACUGGUGGCCUUCAGCGCCUGCACGACUGUUCUGGUCGCCGUCCAUCUCUUUGCUCUGAUGAUCAGCACGUGCAUCCUGCCCAACCUGGAGGCCGUGAGCAACGUCCACAACCUCAACUCCAUCAAAGAGUCGCCGCACGAACAGAUGCACCUUUACAUCGAGCUUGCCUGGGCUUUCUCUACCGUCAUUGGCACCCUCCUUUUUCUCGCCGAGGUGGUCCUUAUCUGCUGGGUGAAGUUUCUUCCAUUGCAAAACAAAAAGAAAAAUAAUCAGAAUGAAACCAAUUCAGAUAUAAGCCCAGGGGAAGCUGCAGCGAUCACCUCUACGGUUAUCAUGGUACCCUUCGCUCUGGUGUUUAUUGUUUUCGCAGUGCAUUUCUACCGUUCUCUAGUGAGCCACAAAACAGACCGGCAGUUCCAGGUGCUGAAGGCUUUGUCCAACAUCACACGCCUGCAGAAUGAGCUGGAUCACAGGGCCGAGGCCUCUAACAUGCAGGCCUCUUCAGUACAUUUUGCCUAGGAUGAUUUACAAUUAUAAGGGAACUUUAUCAUCAGUGAAUGAACAUUAGGAAGUGCGCAUCAAGGAUUUUAUAAUGUAGUAUCAAAAUAUUUUGGUUACAAAAUGAUACAUGCUGCCUUUUUAUGUGUUUCAGUACAAUAAGUAUUGUGAUACAUAAUAUCUUCCAGUUUUUUUUGAAUGCGCAAAGACCUUAAUAUGAUGCUUUUAUUUUCAUAUGUGUAACCUUUAAUGAGAGAAGAGAACAAUUUAGAAUCUAAAAGACGAAAGCAAUGCAUUUGGUUAUUAAUUGAUAUUACAUUUAGUUAUAAAUAUUUAUUUAAAGGCUUGUUGGAAUGCAUGAUUCUGAUUGGCCAGUUGCGACAUAUGCAGGUUUGUUAUUCCCAGAUAACAACCACUCAAAACUAAUAACACACGGUAAUGCAGAUGCUGCAAAUCAUCUUGACCGGUACAGUUUAAUAUCACACAAAAUUAAAUAUAAAUAUGUCUUUUAAUAACAUAAAUGACAUUAUAUUUACAAAUCAUUAAACCAUAUAGCAUGUUCAUGACAUUUGAACGCCUUUUCUUAUCUUAAAACCCAAAGUAAACAGGUUUUCCUCGCAGAAGGUCUGCAUUCGUUUAAAAUUAGCAAAUAAAAUAAUUAAAAUCAAUAUUACCUUACUUAUUAUGGAAAUAGCAGCAUAAUAAGCGGGAUAAUGUACAGGCAGUCGGUUGUUAUUACGAAAUAAGUCCCUUCAGUGUGAUGCAAGAUCCUCCGCUUUGCUUAUUUCUGCGAUUACAAACAUUAUAACUUACUUAAUGGACGUUUUUUUUUUUUUAAAUAGCCAAUGAUCUGGGCAGAUUAUAUCAUGCACUGUAAAAAUUUAAUUGCGUUGGAUCAAAAGGUGUCAAGCACAGUUGUUGGGUUACCUAUACAUUUUUCUAAUUGACCCAACAAUGGGUUUUGAGGUGAAAACAACCCACCAAUGGUUAAGUUACAACCUAGUGGGUUGGGUUUGUGCCUUUUUGACCCAGUGCUGGGUUUAAAAUAGAUUGUGACAGAUAAACACAUCAAAGCUCAUCCUGUGUUAUUAUUUUGAAUUAGGUCACAACUGAAUUGCACUUUUUAUGCUCUGCACUUUUAGGAUUUCAUGACACAAUUUUAAACUAGAAGUAAAAAGAAAAUUAAAGUAUUGGUAGAUGUCCUUCUAAGUAAUAUACAGUAUCUGCACAAAUAUUUUGUAUUUGUGCAUCCCUAAUUAAAACCUAAAAUAAUGCUAUUUAGAUAAGUAAAUUAAUGCUAAGGCAGAAACAUCUUGCAAAAUAUUCUACUUAUUUUAUUGCAUGUUUUUGAGUGUGCAAAUACAAAUUGAUAUUUUACAGAUGCAUUUCCUUUAGAAAGGUCUAUGCAGAAUUUUGGUAAAAAUAAAGUUGUUUACACAGAUUGUCUUGUGUGGCGUAGCAUAUUUUAUUGGUUUUUGCACACUUACAGUAAAGGUAUAAUAUAAUUGAGGAGAGAAGACAUUUUCUGCCUAUUUGUGGUACAGUGGUCCUUAAAAGCAUUUCAAUUUACACUUAAACUAUUUGAAUUAUACAACAAAAUUACAAACAAAACAUCUUUCAUUUUUCAAGAAGUAAGCAAAUAAUUUCAAAAAUAUUGGUUUGUUAGGUUAUACAUUAUAAAAGUAUAUCUAUUUGGACAUCUCGACUAGUUCUCAAAUUCAGGAACAUCCUUCGGUGAAGCAUGGCUGUUUCCAAGUGUAUAGAUUUAAUCUGUAUUAAGACUUUUUUAGGACCGCUGCCUUUGCAUGUUUGAAUGCAUAAAUCUGUACACCUCUUGUGUGUGUAUAUAUAUAUAAAUAGGCUAUAUAUAUCUUAUAUAUUUUGCUAUACAGCUGUUGCUUAAUAGGAUUUGUAUUGUAUGAAUAAUUAUGCAUAAUUGUGUCCUUUUAACCUGUAAUCUGCCACUAAAGGAUACUGUAUGGUUGAGGCUCCAGCAACAUAAACUGGAAAUAUUUAACUGGUACUGCAAACAUUUUGACAUGUGAUUUAAGUUUUGUGUGUUAUUUCCUGGGAGUUUGCAUUUGUACAGGUCUUUGCUAAUGAAAAUGGAAAAUCACACAUUUUUGGUGUAUUGUAACUUCAGUGAAUCCUUCUAUGGAACAUAUAAGCUGCUAAUUUUUGCCAUUUUAAUGUCACAUUUAAUGGUGGGUAAAUUAGUCUGCACCAGGUCUGGAAAACAAAACUUCAUUAUUAGUUGGCUGCAGCAUAUGGUGCAGUGGCAUAUUUCUAGCAGUCUCCUACAACUGUGGUCAAGUACUUUAAAUUAUGAUGAAAUAAAAAUAUACAAAAUG